AUGCAACAGCUAUCGAACGCGCUUGAAGAAACGGUUUACUAUAAAGACGUUGUUAUAGUUGGAAAUGGACCGGGUGCAAUGUUUUUAUCGUUUAUGCUCAAUGGUAAUUGGCCUUAUUACACUGGAGGUUCGCAUCCAGGCGACGAAAUGCUCACAGCUCGUCUACAUUACAUAUUAGACAAAGCUAAUCAAGUUAUGACACAUAAUGUAGAAAUAAAAAAAGAGGAUGAAACUAGAGAGAAUUUACUUAUGUACAAAAACGAGGACAAAAAGACUGGUAAAUCAAACUCUGGAAUACAGACACAAAUAGAAAUAGAAAAUACAGAGAGAAAGAGUCUGCUAGAAUGUACCCGGGAAGAGCUUGAGAUUUUAGCGACUGGCGUGGAAGGUCGGGGCACUUGCAGACCGCUAGCUUUACUGAUGGACCAGCUGCAGCAUCCAUGUGUUGAUUCAGGCCUCAAUUUGCCGGGUCUGAUAGCUUGGAAGUCUGCGGAACACUGCCCGAGACAGAAAAUUGUGAAUCACGUAGUGCUGGGCAAAGGUCCACCAGGUGGAGCGUGGCAAUUUAUGGAUCCAAAUGUAUUAACAAUUAGUUUAAGUCGGUGGAUGUCGUUGCCAGGAUUAGAUUUUCAAAAGUGGGAAAGGCUGGUGGGAGCUGAACAAUUACAUAAGAUUUCUAUUUCAUUACAAGACGCUCGUCUCUCGGCAGAGCCAAACUUUGACACGCUUGACGCUAUGAAACGAAUUCCAGUUGGUAUCGUAGCUGCGUACUACAAAGACUACGUCAAAAAACAAGGAUUAGCUAAAUAUUUCAAAACUGGGAGGACAAUAACAUCAGUACGACCUAUAUUAGACACAACGAACACCGAAGAUAGUUACGGAUGGGUUGUAAAGGGAUACGAUAAUUUGAGCGGUCGGAAAUUUCGUUACAAGUGUAAAAAAGUCGUCCUUGCCAGCGGAUCUACCAACACUUUCAAUCGCCUUGGACUUGCCGGCGAGGAAACCCAAUCCAGUUGGGUGACCCACGAUCUCAAUGACCUUGAAACUCGUCUCGAUCGGCUAGCGGGCAAAUGUAAAAAAUGUGGAGCACGAGAGAACCAGGACUUGAGCAAAAUAGAUCCAAUAUUGGUGGUUGGUGCCGGUUUGAGUGCUGCAGACGCCAUCAUAACUGCCCGCUGCCGAGGAAUUCCGGUAAUUCAUGCAUUCCGUGAAUCGUCUGACGCGUCAUCCGACGAGAGCGAGAGUGGAGUUAAGUUAAGUGCCAAUGUCUACGAAAGACUGCAGACGCUUCCCAUCUCUAUGUACCCGGAAUACCAUAAAAUUUACGAAAUGAUGGCAGAUGGGAGGAACCAUAGACUCUACAAGUCCCUUGCAGGUUACAAACUUGUAGACCUUGGUGUAAAAUCUAAUGAUUCAAACAAAACUAAGGAGAGAAGGGUAACCCUGAGGUCACCGAGCGGACAACUAUUUACAUUCCGUGUUUCCAUAGUUGCUAUUCUCAUUGGUUCUAAACCAGACUUAUCUUACCUCGGAGAUUAUGCAAAUAAGUUAGGAAAAGUCGAAGAUAAGCCGAUAAGCGGUCGGUCUAAUCCCAUUCUAGUUGACGACUUUACUUACCAAGUUAUAAAGUCUCCAAGAGAGGGGCUCUACGCAAUCGGAUCACUCGUCGGAGACAAUUUCGUACGUUUUAUACUUGGCGGCGCAUUUGGUGUCGCGUCCCAUAUACUCCGGACUAUUGACACCGAAUAA